CAUCGAGGCCGGCAAUGACGGAUGCUGACAGACAAAACCCACGUGGCCGCCAUCUGAGUAGUGGUGGUGGUGGUGGUGGUGUCGUCGCUCAAGCGUGCGACCAUCCCUCUGGAAGCCUAGCUGUGAAUGGUGUCGGCUCGCUCGGCUUGACAAGAGAGCCAACUGCUGCAUGUUGGGGAAACAGCGUGGCCUGUGACUGCUAUCGACAAGGCAUGCAUGGCUCUCGCUCAGCUCCCUGCACGGUGGUUUGCCACGGAGGCGGCUCGGGUCCAUCUGCCCGCUAGCGCACAAUCUCGACAGGGCUCAGAAGGUUCCGUCGGAUGCCCUUGUCGCAGGAGCGUCCUCUCCACUACCCCAGCCAGUCACAAGGCCAAUGGUAUCAGACUGUGAGCGUCAAAGCCAGCAUGUUUCCCCAUACUCUCUGAACCCGUGGCGGGCGUCACUGUGUCGUCCCUACCGACACCCGAUCCCGACAGCUCAUGAUAAGAACAAUGCGCCGGCGCCUUCUCGUCAGCCUCUCUGACAAGUGUGCAGCAUUGUCGAGCAGGGCCAUCAGCCAUCCUGAGCUGCCGCAUCACUAUCCUCCUCCACAACGAUUUCAUACCUUGUCUCGGAACCGCAGCUUCAGUCAUAUCACACAGAACCCGCUCGCCAUGGCCUCGAUUGUGCCCAAGCCUUCGGGCCCCGCAAAAACCUUCAACGACCUCGGCGCCAAGUAUGGCGACUUCAGAGAUGAACUGAUGCGCGAUGGAUACGCCGUCGUCAAGGGCGCCAUCCCUACGGAGAAGGCUGACGGCUACGCCAACCGUAUGUUUGAAUAUCUCGAGAACUUCAAGGGCGGCCUCGGCUUCAAGCGGGACGACCGAUCCACUUACGUCGAGAAGAACAUGCCCAUCAUCAACGAGAAGGGUCUCUGCUUCGCCUAUGGCAUCACUCACGAGGACUUUGCCUGGGACAUCCGGGCCGAGCCUGGCGUCGUCGGUGCCUUUGAGAAGGUCUUUGACACCGAGGACCUCAUCGUCUCCUUUGACGGCUUCAACUUCACAUUCCCCACCCGCACCGACAUGAAGGAGAACACUCCUUGGCCGCACCAGGACCAGGACCCCGAGAAGCCUGGCUUCCGCUGCCUCCAGGGACUCGUCAACAUGUUGCCCAAUGGCCCCAACGACGGCGGUCUCCUUGUCUGCAAGGGAGCCCACCUCCUGUCGGAAGAGUUCCACCGCGAGUUCAAGGACGAGGAGAACAAGGUCUGGGCGUGGACAAAGGAGUGGUACGGCUUCACCGACGCCGGCAUGAAGUGGCUGAAGGACCACGGCUGCCAGUGGAUCAAGGUGGAGGCCGACCCUGGCGACCUUAUCAUCUGGGACUCGCGCACCCCUCACUAUAACCAGGCGCCGACCAGCGAGAACCCUCGCUUCUGCGCCUACACAUGCUACAUGCCCGCUGCCGAGGCCACGCAGGAGGACCUGAUCCGCAAGAAGGGCGCCUUUGAGAACACGCUGCGGACAACACACUGGCCGAACGCUGCUCAUGUGGGCGGCCUGACGAUGAUGCGGGACGGCAAGCCCGAUCCAUACGAUGAUGACAAGCCGGCCAAGCCGGCCAAGCUUGACGAACGGGCCUACAAGCUGACUGGCAUCCCAUAUAUUGCUGCCACCUCGGCGUGAGGUUCUGUGGUGGGCAGCAGGCAUGCAGCAGGCAUGCAGCAGGGUUCGAGAAUGAAGAUUGGUAAUGGACAAAAAAGCCAUGGAAGGAGAGGAGGAAGCGUUUGACCAGGACUGUACAAACCUGUUGCACCUGAAUUCUUUUUUUCUUUGCUCUCCGUACAAGAUACCACGAUGACGAACGAUAGAUGGAAUAUCACCAGAGAGCCACAUGAAGCUCAAGACAGCCUACCUGUUCUCAUCUGUUUCUGCUACCCACAUGCAUGUUGCAGAUGAUCCAUCAUGUCCACCCACCACCACAACCACCUGGACAUCGGCGAC